AUGUCCAAGCUCAACCCAAACGCGGGCGAGUGGGUCCCCACUUUCUCCGCUCCAGCAGCUUCUCCGACGAAAUCUUCGUCUGCUGCGUCUCCCGUUAAGGAGAAAUCGCCUUCUGUCGCUUCAACCAAUAGCAAGACAGCGCUGGAGCGAGCCUCUGAGUUCGGACAUGACGUCGCACUCGAUGAGAACGGAGAACCCAUUUCUUACGAGGGAUACUCGCCGCUGCACGACCGAUUUAUCUACUCGAAGGAAUAUUUACUGGCGUUCCAACCACUGGGAGAUCGUGUGGUCAAGGGCAUCCCAGAUGUCGUGAAGAAUCCAACUCCGUCAAAAUUUCAACCUCUGUUUGAGAUGAUGCCGGAGGAUUUCACGUGGGCAGAUACGAUCGGUGCAGACGCUGUAAUGGGGGAGAAUAAAGGCAAGAAAGGCAAGAAGGACAAAAACCGUCAGCAACGGGGGAGCGUCUUGUCGUAUGACGCGUCUUUGGUGUGCUACUUUAACCCGACGGAGUAUGCUGCGGCCAUGAACAUGGGGCUUUACACAGGCCCACCUGAGGAGUCUACCAAAAGCUCGGACAAGGCAAAUGUGCCUGAAGUCGAACCGGUUAACCCAGUCGAGGAAGCAAUUAGCGCCAAGCGCCGGAUAGCCAGACUGCUGGAUGACGUCAAGGCAGAAACGGUGAGCUCCAUCCUCGAGUCGUUUAUGGGGAUCACGAUCAGCUGCACACAUACCCUGCAAGAAAUCAUAGGCUUGCUUUUUGAUCAUGCGAUUGCAAACCCAAAUCAGAGCAACUCGUAUGCCAAGUUGUGUACGGGCAUGUCGGAGCGCACACCGGAGUUUAAAGACGGCGCCAAGACGAUCAAUUUCCGUCGGAUUCUACUCACCAAGUGCUACGAAUCGCUGAUUGAAGAACCUGAUAGUCAGUCCUCGAAUUUGAAGAAGAACGGGAGUAGCGGAGCGGCGCAACACUCGUGGCGAAGGAAGUGUAUGCUGCAGAAUGUAGGCUUCGUGGGCGAGCUCUUCCGACGACAAUUGUUGACUGAGAACAUCAUGCACGUCUGUGUGGCGAUGAUGCUGGAUGACGAGGUGAAGCCCCAAGCGGAGAUCAUCGAAGCGGCCUGUGGACUCCUGAACUUGGUCGGCGAUUUACUCGAUGGAUCCAGUCCAGCCUCACGACGAACGAUGGACGAGUACUUCGCUGUUUUAGUUCGAAUUCAGGAAAACUGUCAGCUCCCAGAUCGCGUCAAGAAGCUGCUUAUUGAUCUUAAGACUGUGCGAGCAGGUGGGUGGAUAAAGAAUCGCCAGGAUAACUCGUCUGCUUCCAGUACACCGACGAAGGCAACAGAUAGCAACGAAAGUAACGGGACAAGUGGUUCACCUGUGGAGGCAGUGGCAACUGCACCUGUAACGGGAGAGACAUCACCAGCGGGAGUCGAGUGA